GAAAUAAAACAACCUUUUUAUCGUGAGCAUCAGCGAACGAGUUUUCAAAGAGAGCAAAGACUUAACUCGAUUAUUAAUCAAACUGCAAUGAGACACUGCACCAGAUUAAUGCAGUCGAGAUGAACGUCUGAAAAAAAUAGACACGAAUAAAAUAAGAAAAAGUAGGAGGCGCUCUCACGACAGAUAUUGAGUGGUGGGACGGGCUUAGCCUGCGCAGAGACGAAUUAUUAGAACAUAAAGACACAUUUCAUUGCGUCAACCUUUUGUAUGAUGAACAAUUUAAACCGGCGACCUUAUUUUAAGAAAUAGUUGUAAAUUAACGCUAUUAAAACGAGUUUAAGAGCCGUCAUGAGCGUUUAAUUACGCAAACGUUACGCCGCUGGGCGUGACAUCACAAAUCAGCUCGUUCGGGUUGAAGACAACACGUCGGGCACCCAUCCUUUUCUUUCGCCAUGUUUAGAAAGGGAGGGCGAUAGCCGGCAGGCCGGUGCUGAUCGUAUUCUGUCGAGGGUGUCGCCAUUUUCGUUUUGACGAAUAUUGACAGCACGGCAGACAGACAGUGGCUCGACCGUCGGCGGAGCGUCUGCCACUAUUUUUAUUUUGAUAGUGAAUCACAUAACGUGCUCGUGUUGUAUUUGUAAUAAAAAGCUGUUUAUUUAAUACUAUCUCGCGUGACUUGUGAUUGAUAAAUGACUGUUUGUGAUUUUUGAUGCUAACCUCCUUUUUAAGCUUAGUGUUUUAAGAACUGCAAGACUGUGAUCGAUAUGUGCAAGAUGUGCAGAUGACUCCACAGUACCAAACGACACCGUGUUGAUUUCUUCUGAUGGUGGCGGGGCGGGGGCGGUGCUAGGGAUGCAGGGCGCCGCGCCCGCCGCCGACGGCGACCAGGCGCAGUUCGAGGCGGACAAGCGGGCCGUCUACAAACAUCCCUUGUUCCCGCUGCUAGCGCUCCUGCUCGAGCGAUGCGAGCAAGCCACGGCGGGGGCGGAGCCCCCGGCCGCGGACGCCUUCGGGGCGGACCUGCAGGCCUUCGUGCAGCACCAGCGGCGGGACCGGCGCCCGUUCCUGGUGGACGACCCGGAGAUUGACGGGCUCAUGAUUAAGAGCAUACAGGUGCUCAGGAUCCACCUGCUAGAACUAGAGAAGGUGCAGGAGCUGUGCCGCGACUUCUGCGGACGGUACAUCGCCUGCUUGAAGACCAAGAUGCAGAGCGAAAAUCUGCUGCGGACUGACUACACGGCAGGUGGCGUGGAAAGUAAUAAUAAUCUCUCGGGAUCCUUAGACGACCAUUCCAGCACUUCCAACUCCCCACAGUAUCAGUCGCCCGUGGCUGCGCUGCCAGCGCCGCCUUCCUACCCCGUGUUCCACGCAGACCUGCCCUUCGCGGCGCCCAGGCCCGACCCGCAAUCCCUAGUGGUGCAAGGCUCCACGCCAAUUAGUCAAAUCGGUGCCGGGUUGAUAUCGACAGAUUCUUUCACAGGGACUAACUCCAACAAUUCUUGUUCCUCAAUCUCCGGUUCCCCCCCCCCUGAGGAUGAGGAUGACAGCAGCGGCAAGCGCGGCGUGCUGCCCCGUCACGCCACGCAGGUGAUGCGCGCCUGGCUGUUCCAGCAUCUAGUGCACCCAUACCCGACUGAGGAAGAAAAGCGUACCCUGGCGGCGCAGACCAGGCUGACACUACUGCAAGUCAACAACUGGUUUAUCAACGCCCGCCGCCGCAUCCUGCAGCCCAUGCUGGACUGCGCUGAUAAACCCGGUGGCAAGAAGAGCAAAAAUGGAUCUUCCAUCAGCAAAAGGUACUGGCCCGAUGCUCUCUCUAACCCACAGUUCACCGCAGGUCUCCUGUCAUCCUCUGAAGACGAAGACCAGGAAGGCGAGCCUUCAGGAGACGAACAGGAACCUCCCAACGAAGACCAGGAGACCUUCCCCCCCCUACACCAGCCCAUGCACUAA